GUGGCUUCAGUUGCUUGCAGGGGACUUUAUCGCUGACGUACUGUCAAAAAUGACAUAAACACACUGAGCAAAGCCACAAACAGUCUCCAUCUGAUGACUUCACAGCCACCUGACGGGCCAAAAUAACCAGCCCCUUGUAACAUCUUAGUCUGUGCAGGGGGAUUCGACUGUAUUUUUUUGCCAAAAACUGUGUGUAUCUGGCUAAGAAAUGUAGUUUGCCACCCAAAUUGGCUCAAUUUGGGUAUCUUAGCCUACUGCCAGUCCUGUUUAGCUCUGGCAUUGAGCCGCAAAAGCUUUCCCCCAAGAGAGGUAGUCGACUUACCCUCCAGAGCUCGAGGCACACUGCUGAAAAGGAUGAAGGCCCUGUCUUGUGGAGGAGAGCAGAACUUUGCUUUAGUCAGCAUUUUGUGAAGACUGCAGGUUGCUUGGAUCUUUCUUACCCCUUUCUUAGCUUGCAUUUGACCAGCUGAAAGCCAAUUUGUUUAGUUGGACAUGUGGAUGCUGUUAACUUGGUUUUUGUGUCCAUUUUGGAAAACCAUCUAGUUGUGAGACUUGUAGCUCAAGGUACCAAGCCCAGCCAUGGAGGGUCUUGAGCAGCUUGACGUGGUGGGUAAUAUCAGCCCGGCUCUUGAAGCCACCGAGGACUUUAUCCACUGCAUAGACGGGAUACAAGGCCAAGGUCCGAGCCGAGCUCAAAUAGGGUCCCUCCAGCCUUCCAGGAAACCUAAGCAGCUGCAGGAGGUGUCCAGUGCGGCGCUGGAGAAGCUGAGCUCCAGUGGCGUGUGGGGCCUGCUGGCCAGCGAGCAGCCAGAGGUGGGGCCUCUAGGCCUGGCCUGGGCCGACAACUUCAGCGUGUUGGGGCUGGGGAUGGGCUUGAGGCACGGCAAGAGAAGUCGAGCGCGCUCCACCAACGACCUGGCAGCUCAUACCAAGGAGUGCACGAACAACACUGCCAACUCCGCGACCAACUCAGCCUUCAAGAAGGGACACAACCGGUCCAGGUCGGACGUCAACUACCGGCCGUCUGCAUACACAGACAAUGGACUGCCCACUGUUGACUGCAACACUUUGAAGAACAUGAUCCUCAACAACCAGCCAGAGGCUAAUAAAAUCAGCAGUAGCAGUGUGGUGAAGCAGGGUGCGAUGGAGCAGCGUGAGGGGCCUCGGGGCCGCUGGACACCUUGCCAUGUCGAGCUGACACCCUGUGAGCUCCGGCUGUACACUCUGGACAGCAGCGCCAACCGCCAGCUGGGCACCGCCUACUCUCUGUCACACUGCCAGAGCAUCAUUUCUCCAGCACCCUGCAGCCAGCUCGGCCAGAUCACCCAGCCUGCCGAUCAACGCACGCUCCAGGCUUUGUUCUUCAACAGCACGCGUCUCCAGCUGAGGGCACCCAACCAAUGGGAGGCCAUGGAGUGGAGACGAUUGAUGUGGGAGAAGGUGCAGGCAGUCAGACCUGGGAGGAAGGAGAACCACCUGUGGAAAACCGGAAUGGAAAAGCAACAGGUCGUCAAGUUUCCUGCACCCAUGUCACCGUCCUCGUCACCCUCUCCGUCAGGGCUUGACACCCGGCCUGAUUGGGACAGCGACACCCCCAGCUCAGCAGAGGCGUCUCUCCAGUCUAAUUCUUUCAUACUCAGCAGACCCACCACCCUGCCACUGUUCACCCAACGCUGUCAGGACAUCCUCAAGGCUAGUCUGCUCCACCAGCUGAAAGAUCAGAACAACUGGCGGGCCUUCAACUUCAUCCUGACCAGAUCUGCUCUCCGCGCCUUCCCUACCGAGGGCCGUGGGUCUGUGUCCCAGCCUGUCCUUCAGUACUCCCUAUCCUCCUGCUUGGACGUGCGGUACAAUCAGGAACCAGAGAACAGAGAGCCGUGGACAGAAAGAGGGGACUGCUUCCAGGUAGUUUUUCCCAAAGAGGUACUCAGACUACGGGCUGAUGAUCAGCUCAAGGCCCAGGAAUGGGUGACGGCCCUGCGGGAUGCGGUUGGUGCACAGAGGCCUACCCAAGAAGAAGGGGGAAAGUUAGGAGAAGGAGCUUCAGCCCUCCAGGGAGUGCUGUUGAGAUCAAAACCACCCAGGGAGAGGAGACAGCGGGAGGCCCAGAGAGCCAAGCGGCAGUCCGUCACUACCAGUUUUCUCAGUAUUCUCACCUGUCUGGCUGUGGAGAAAGGACUGACUGCUCAGAGCUUCAGGUGUGCAGGUUGUCAGCGUCCAGUUGGUCUCUCCAAAGGAAAGGCAAAGGUCUGCUACUACAGCGGCUGGUACUACUGCCAGAGCUGCCAUCAGGACAAUUCCUUCCUCAUCCCAGCACGCCUGCUGCACAACUACACCAGCAAGCACAAGGUGUCUAAACAGGCCAAGGAGUUCCUGGAGUUUGUGUAUGAGGAGCCCCUGCUGGACGUCCAGCAGCUCAACCCUUGCCUGUAUGAGCACUGUGAGCCUCUUAGCACUGUGCUGCGCCUCCGUCAGCAGCUCCAGUCACUGCGAGCCUACCUGUUCAGCUGCCGAGCAACCGUUGCUGAGGACCUCAGGAGAAGGAUCUUCCCCAGGGAAUACCUGCUACAGCACAUUCACCUGUACUCCAUUGCUGACUUGCAGCAGGUGAUUGAUGGAAAACUGGCUCCCUUCCUGUCCAAGGUGAUCAAGUUUGCCAGCUCCCACGUUUUCAGCUGCAGUUUGUGUCGAGAGAAAGGCUUCAUCUGUGAGCUCUGCCACAACAGACAGGUCAUCUACCCCUUCCAGGAGAACGCCACCAAGAGGUGUGACGGCUGCGGGGCUGUUUUCCACACCGAGUGUCGACAGAAAGCUCAGCCGUGUCCACGCUGCGUUCGCAGAGAGCUCCACCACAAGAGGCCGUCCUCUUUCUGGUCUCCGGACGACGAUAGCCCCGGAUGCUUUCACCUGCCGUACCAUGACACCUGAGACACACACAAAACACACCACACCCACAGACACACACAAGACAGACAGACAGACAGACAGACACAGUGAAGCAGUUAGGGCGCUGCCAUGACACUGGACAAAGUGCUUGUUUUUCUGAUUUGUGUGUCUAGAGGACAAAUUGUGUGACAGAGCUCAGGGUUUGUGUGUGUACCUGUUAAUACAAACCUGAGCUGAAGUCCCUUUGUCCUACUGUUAAGAGCAGGGAGAAGACCAACUGAAAACGGCUGCACCAGGCUUUACAGACUGACCAACAUGUAUUUUGUAGUCAAACAGCACACGUCAUGGUCAUCCUCCACCAUCUUCAUCAAUUCUCCACGUCACUACUUUCACUUAUUCUAAAUCACAACUGAUAAAACUGGAGACAUUCAAAGUAAUAGUUGGAACAGUUUGGUGGUUCAUUCUCACAAAAGUCUUACAGCAAACGUGAAGCGAUUAGUCAGAGGACAGAAAACGAAUGAACAAUUUCAACAACUGAUUAAAAUUGAACUGACUAAUGUAAUCUACGCCCUACUCAUGUUGACGCGACACUGUUGUGUUGGGAGUCGGCUGUAACAAGUGUGUAGUUUCCUUCUUAAUAGAGAAAAACAACCGUUGUCACCUUGGAUUCAUGUUUGUUAAAAUGGAAUAAAAUAUUAAAAGGAUAAGUGCUCUUUUUUUUCCCCAAGUCUGUCUUAAAACAAUAGUUGUGUUCAUAUGAGCAAUGAAACCUGUUUUUCUGGCUGUAAUAAUUCUUCCUGUUUAUACUGGCCAUUAAAAAGAUCCCUUUCUAAAUUGAUUUAAGUGUAAGUUAAUAGGAAGCUUCAGCAAUCUUAGUCAGUCUGAAGUAUCUUUUUUUCUUCCCUCUGCAUCAGCUCAGCAAGGAAUCACUGUGGGGCAAAACUAAAAAGGGAAUUCUGUAUAAAAAAAAAAGGCUGCAACUUUGGAAGUCAUUCUCUUGAUUCGUACACAACGGCUGAAGCCUCAUACACAAUUUAAAUAAACUUUUAUAUAUACUUUUAAACCGACGAGGACUGUGGAUUUUGUCCCUCAUUACUUGCAUUGAAUGUGCAGUAGAAUGGCCAGUAGAGACAGAAGUAAUGAUUACAGCAUGCCAAAACCUUUUCAAUGGACAGGAGGGUGUGUGAGGAUGGUUUUAAGACUGACUUGAAAAAAAUGUGAACCUGUCCUUUAAUCAUUUUUCAGAACAUCAAUAGAAACUUCUCAAACCACAGCUGCAGCACAAUCCACAACAUCACCGGCUGUCUGUGUGCUCACCGAGCACGCUCACAUUAUAUCUGACAUAUUGCCAUAAUGUUGCUAAAAAUGCUUCUUUGCAAGUCACAAAUCCAAUCAUGCCAUUUCCUGUUUUGGGUUGAGCUUCAGGAGACCGGCAUGUUAACUAAGGUACUCGAAAGAUAAUGAAAAAAUAUUUUUUUAAUAAAAUCUUUGUCUUACAUUGCAAUAAACUGAAUAUAUUUUAGGGUUGGACUGUUAGGCAUUUUGUUUACUAUUUUCUGAAGUUUCAGAGACCAAGAGAUUUAUUGAUUAUGAAAAUAAUUGUGAGUCAUAGCCCCUGUAAAGUUAUUAUUUACUGUUCAUUAUUCCAGACACACAAGCUCUACAAGAUUUCAAGUUUAUUUAGUCGUAUUUUGCAGAAAAUCUGUGUUUGAUCAACCACGAAAAAGUGGAUUGUGCUGCAGAGAAAGUUUCAUAAGUUUCCGCGGAUGUUUUAAUAUUUUUCAUUCCAACUGUGAACACUAUUGAAAUCCAUUGUAACUGAUAAAAUCCAAUCGUUUUACAGUCAUAUGCGAGUCUUUAAGGCAGAGUAUUUGAUGACAUUUUGGGUUGACUUGGGAUGUUUCGCCCAAUAGUCAUAAUACAAGUUAAAAAUGAUUGCUGUGAUUAAAUAUAGAAAUCCAUCUUUUAUCAGAUCUCAUUCUCCAUUUCUUUAACCUUUAUUUAACUUGUACACGGGGAAUAAAAUAUGCCAUUUAACUUACUCAUUCUAAAUUUUAAAGUAUUAUUUUAAUGUAAACAGACUUGAAUUUUAAAAAAGACGCUAUCAGUCAGUCUGCGCACGUUUUCUUCCCACCAUCAAUCUAACGAACAUAACAUCUAACGGGCAAUAAUACACUGUAAAUUAUACUUUCAUCGUUGCAUUUUUCCUCUGUGAUUCUACUUCCUGUUGUGCUUUAUUCCUGCAGAAUCUAUCAAACAUGAUAGCAGCUUUAGCUUUUAGUAUCUCUAUGCAACCUAGAUGGCCUUUAUUACCCACUGCUUUUUCAUGUGUAAAGGCUCUGAAACCCUUUACGUUUAGGUUUUCUUCACACUGCAGCAGCAGCAGCGGUGUUUCCAUCUGUGUUGAUGAGGGCAAUUUUUACUGAAAAGUUGGAAAAAUAAACAAUUAGUCUGUUUUUUAGCCAAAAAAGUAAGAAUCAACAUACUUUCUUAUCGUUUUAAGAUUUUUGGGGGCAUUUUUAGGCCUUUAUUGUCAGGACAGCUGAAGACAUAAAAGGACACACAUAUAUCCACAUAUGGGCACCCACUCUACCAACUGAGCUAUCCAGAUGCCCAAAUAACAUAUUUUCAAGAUUUUAUAAAAUCACAAUUUGCUUUGUUUCAAGUUUUUAUGGUGGAACCAAAAUAAUUGAUGAGGCUAAUACAACAAAGUAAUUACGUACAGUUAGAUUUAUUUCUUUAUUUAGUUCUAUUUUUCCUACCGUAACAGUGUUGUUCUAAUCAGAAAUUUAAAAAAUCUUAUGAGAAAGAAAGCAAAUGCUGCCUUCAUGGGUCUUUUAAAGCUGCACUCCCUGAUUUUGUUACACAUUC